CGGAAAUGGCCGUUCAAGCGCGCGUCGUCCUGCGGCCCAUUCUACCAUGUCAAAAGCAGCUUCAACUGCCCCUCCGAUAUCUAAAAACCGUGCCCUGCCAGCAAGGGAGGCUCUGUCCUUCAAAUCGGUAUUGCAAGCUUACGAAACGCGACAAUGGAAGCGUGGCUUGAAGACCGCGGACCAAAUAUUGAAGAAAUACCCGGACCACGGGGAGACUCUGUCUAUGAAAGGUCUCAUACUGACGAACUUGAAUCGUAAAGAAGAAGGCAUUGAGCUUGUUCGAAAGGGUCUUCGCAUGGACUUGACGUCUCAUAUUUGUUGGCAUGUUCUUGGCCUCGUUCACAAAGCCGAUCGUAAUUACGCAGAAGCCCUCAAAUGCUACACACAAGCGCUUAAAUUCGAGAAAGAUAAUUUGAACAUCCUGAGAGAUGCUGCCCACAUGCAAACGCAGUUGCGCCACUUUGACCAAUUGGUCGAGACGCGACAGACCCUGUUAAAGUACCGGGCCAAUCUUCGCCAGAGCUGGAUUGCGUUAGCCUUAGCAUAUCAUCUCAAUGGAAAACUGGACUUUGCGAAGAAAGUCCUGGAACAGUACGAGGCAACGGUGAAGGAUGUACCUCCUCGUGAUCCAGAACAUUCAGAACUUCUGUUGUACCACGUUCGUAUUCUGGAAGAGAUGAAACGCCACGAUGAAGCAUUAGACUUCCUCGUUAAGAAUGUGGUUUCCCAGUCCAUAAUUGACAAAUCCACGACCGCUAUCCUCAAAGCUCGACUACUGCACAAGCUUGGGAAGACGGACGAGACUCGAGAGGCCUGGCUCUCCAUCAUCGACAGCAAUCCAGAAUCUUACGAUCAUUAUCGUCGUUAUUUAUUGACACAAGGCAUUGACAUGGAUUCCCUUGAAAACGACAGUCGUACUGCUGCUAUCAAAGUUCUCCAUCAACUAUCAGCUCGGAUUCCCAGAGCCAUCGCACCCCGGAGGAUUCUGCUGAAGUUAACAUCAGGGGAUGAGUUCAGACUACUAGUUGCAACGUAUUUUGAAGCAGCAAUUGCACGUGGCAUACCUUCGCUCUUUUCUGAUCUCAAGGAUUUGUAUGUUUCCAGUGAGAAACGACAAGUCAUAGAAGAUAUUGCAGAAGAUUUAUAUAGAAAGACCCUGGAGAACUCCAAAGAGUAUCCACCCUCUUCCCACAUCUGGGUAUUGUACUAUCUCAUUCAACACCAUGCCACCAAUCCCAGCACCAUCCCUCGAGCCUUAGCAUUGGCUGAUAAAGCCAUUGAGCACUCACCGGCUCUUCCUGAUUUGUACAUGGCAAAGGCACGCGCCCUGAAACGUGCGGGGAAUCCUUUUGAGGCUUGCAUUACCAUGGCCUCUGCAUGGCGUCUCGACCUUCAAGACCGUUUUUUGAACACCAAAAAUGCGAAGUAUUUGUUGCGGGCAGGCUAUAUUGAAGAAGCGAUUAAAAUGCUUGGAUUGUUCACAAAGAAAACUGCAUCGCUACCGGGAGCAGAUCUAGAAGAAAUGCAAUCACUAUUUUACAUGAGAGAGGCGGGAGACGCCCAGCAUCGUUCUGGAAAGUUAAACCUUGCACUUAAGCGCUACAACGUUCUCUUCAAGACGUUCGAUGAUAUUGAGGACGAUCAAUACGAUUUCCAUGCCUAUGCCUUGCGGAAAUUUACGAUGACCACUUAUCUACUACUGAUUGAAAUGGAAGACAAUUUACGGUCGCAUCCUGCUUAUGCUCCUGCUGCACUUGCGGCGGCGAAGAUAUAUGUACAAAUACAUGACGAAACGAAACCUGCCCCACAAACAUCAGCCCUCGAUAGUAAGAAAAGGGCGGGUAGAAGGGGGAAGAACGUUGAGAUUAAGCCGCAGGAGGAUUCGAAGAAAGCUCUGGCGACACCACCUAAGACAGAUGACACAGAUAUUCCUGUCGUCAGGGAUGACGAUCCUGAAGGAUUAAAACUCUUGACUGUUCCCGAUCCGCUAGAGAUUGCAUGGAAACGAUUAUUACCGCUGCACUCUCUCCGACCAAAGCUCCUCGACACAUGGCUUGUUUCCUUCGAUGUUGCUAUACGACAAAAGAAGUAUCUACAAGCGCUGAAGGCUCUGAAUCAUGCUCGCAAUCUAUCACCAGGCGACCCAGGAGUCCAUUAUCGUCUGAUAGAAUUCAAGCUUGCCGUCGAACAACCAAAUUUGAAACUCCCAGCACCCGUCCAGACAGUGAUCACAGAAGAGCUAUUACAAAUCUUCCCAGCCGAUGUUUCUUUAGAAACCUUUAACUCUGCUUUCAUGCAAACCAACGUAUCACCUGGGUCGACAUUAGGUGCCGCGCAGGCCCUGGUGCUCAUUCGUGGGCAACAGUCCUCCCAAGUCGAAGCAGAGGAGCUUACAUUUCAACUCUUACGACCAGAAACACAUCUCUCCAUCCAGACUGGACUAGAUGCUCUGGAGUUUUUGCGUACAACGUUGAAAUCACCACGCCACGAGGAAUUCCGGCUACAAUGCGCCUUGCGAUUCCCUCUUUCAUGCGUUUUUAAGACCCGGGAGGAGCUGGAUGAGCUGCGUGAGUCGACACUGAAGCACCUAGCUGCCUUGGAGGAGCUGGAGGGGGAGAAAGAUGAGAUCUUGGAUGUGACCACCAAUUAGCCUUUCCAGACGGGGUGCAUGCCAUAUGGCCCUUGGGCCAGCAGACCUACAGGACACGAGACCGGAUCUUUGGGUUUAGGAUUAGUUUACAAUUCAAACAAAGGGUGGCCUCAUAUACCUCCCCCAAUAUAUAUCUACGACUGUGAUCGACUCUUCC